CAGACUGGGUGAGGCUGGCAGGGACCUCCAGAGACCGUCCUGUCCGACCCCCUGUUGAGGCAAGGCUACCUAAAGCCAGCUGCCCAGGCCCGUGUCCAGAUGGGUUCUGAAUGCCUCCAACCAUGGAGCCUUCACAGCCUCCUUGGGCUGGGGCACCCUCAGAGCGGUCAGAGCGCUUCCUGGUGUUCAGAGGGAAGCUGCUGUUUGUGCUCACUGUCUCUGCCCUGUCACUGGGUGCCGCUGGAAAGAGCCUGGCUUCAUCUCCUUUACGCUCUCCCUUGAGAUGGUUAUGGUCACUGAUGAGAUCCUCCGAGCCUCUCUGUGCCAGGCUUAACUGUCCCAGCUUUCUCAGCCAUUCCUCACAGGAGAGGUGCUUGUGUCCCUUCAUCAUCUUUGUGGCUCUUCAUUGGCCUUUCUCCAGGAUGUCCAUGGCUCUCCUGUGCUGAGGAGCCCAGAACUGGACAGAGAACUCCAGAUUUCUGGGACACAGCAGGACAGGAGAGGUUCCAGAGCAUGCACCCAUCCUACUACCACAAGGCUCAUGCUUGUAUCAUGGUGUUUGAUGUGCAGAGGAAGGUCACCUACAGGAACCUGAGCAGCUGGUACAAGGAGCUGAGAGAAUUCCGCCCGGAGAUCCCCUGCCUUGUGGUGGCCAACAAAAUUGAUGCUGACAUGAAGGUGACCCAGAAGAGCUUCAACUUUGCCCAGAAGUUCAGCCUGCCCUUUUAUUUUGUGUCUGCUGCAGAUGGCACCAAUGUAGUGAAGCUCUUCAAUGAUGCCAUCAAACUGGCUGUGGCUUACAAGCAGGACUCAGGAGAUUUCAUGGAUGAGGUCAUGAGAGAGUUGGAGAGCUUUGACCUGGAGAAGAAGAGUGAAAAUGUGUUGGAUGAAGAGGAGAGCUGCCCUGAGGAGAAGCCUCCAUCUGCCUAAGUGCUGGACUCUGUUCUUCCUCUUGUUCUAGAUCUCUGGUGCUGGUUAGAGCUGACCUUCACUGGGGACAGUGGCUUUCCUCAGGCCAUGAGAGCUCUGGUGAUGGGCACCUAGGGCCUCUCCUUGUGGGAGACUGCCUGGGCAUGACUUGCCCCAGGCACUGCACAUCAUAGGUCAGGGAAGGGGCAGG